AUGGUCACUGGCACAAGUAUAAACACGGGCAAUGACACGAGCACGAUCACUGGUACAAAUAUGAUUAUGGUCACAGGCACGGUCACACACUGUCACGGCCCAGGAAACUCGGUUACAAAUGCAGGUAGACACGGGCAAGGUCAUGGUUACGCGCACCAACGCGGUCACUACCACACGAGAACAAACACAGACACGGGCACGGACACGAAUACAUACACAAGCACGGCCACGGUCACAGUCAUGAAUACGGGCACAAACGAUGGCACAAGCACAAACACAGCCAUUUAUGGGUACGGGCAGGGCACAACACAGACACAGGUAUUCGGGCUCAAACGUGAUCACAAGCACGGCUAUGGUCGCGAUCACAAACACAAAAACAGGGACACUGACAUUGACACAGCCACGGUGCGCAAGUUCAGUGUGAGAAAUACAGGAUUGUCCUAG